GUGGAAUGGCACACUCUCACAUCACACGCACCCUCAAAAAUACGUUGCUUGAAUGCGAAAUGGCACAUUGUACCGAGGCAGUGGAUGGGAGCAUUAGAGCUGAAUGCUGCACUCCCGUUUCUUAGAUCCGGCUAUCUAGAAAAAUGUGGUGUCGGAACGAGUAUUACUAGUUUCGUCUUCGUCAACUUAAUCGAUGCUGCUUUGAGUGUGAUUUCGAUGACCAUGCCUUGAGUUUUGGACGAUUUGACGCUCCAAUCACGAGUCCUGAUUUCAUUUUCCCGGGCAGAACGUGAAACCACCGAGUACCCAGUUCUUGAGCUGCUGUAUAUAAAGCCUAGCAUUAAAUAAACUUUGUAAUUUACCCAUUACACGCGUCACAUCAAUCAAUUUCUCAGCCGCUCCUAUCCAACCAACAGUGUAGGCUUAAACAACCGUAAAUUAUUGUUGCACAAUUUGUGAUCAAUUUCACUUGGGUUAUUUACGACCGUGGCCAGAGUGCAUUCCCACUAAGCCAUCAUGGACACAGCACUUUAACUAGGACUCAAGCUUUCUGAUCGUGUUGUCAUAUUGCUUUGGGAACGAGGUCAGCAUAAUUUCACAGAAGUUACAAAAGGUCAAAGUUUAUAUAUACGGAGGACAAGAGAGACCAUCAUCCAAUGUUCCACUUGGAUUUCAAUCCGAUCGAGGGAGGUCACUGUAGCCGCCGGAAGCUCCUCGAGUGUACAACACUGCCUGCCAUUAUCGGGGUUUCGGUUUACAUUGAUUGAGUUGUCUUGGCUUGAUUUUGACCAUCAUGGCUAAAGCUACUUUGGUGACAACAGUCUGGGCUUACACACGGAGACGAAACAGAUCCAGUGUUCACUAUCCGAAUGACUUGAAAAUAGGAGGUACGAUGGCAAGCCGAACACCAGAUCGUCAGGUGACUUUCCCUCAAGAAGAGCAAGAUGUGGCAACAGAGAACGAGGCACAGAAUCAGACAUAUUUUCAAGCAGGGAAACAGCGAAUACGUGAGUUUUUCGAGAGCAGGCUGGCGGGUGCUGAGUUCGUUAUCGAUCCAGAAGGCGAUAAAAUAUACGUCUGGAUGGGUCUGGUGACUUUUGCAGUUCUCUACAAUGUAUGGAUGAUUAUUCUAAGAAUAGCAUUCCAGGAAAUGCGCGAGGAGAUUGUGAACCGGCGAGUGUUUGGAACAGUUGACUUUGCCAGCGAUGUCGUCUUCUUUGUAGAUAUUCUUGUGAACUUCAGAAUAGCAUUCCUGGAACAAGGACUGUUGGUAAAAGAUCCAACUAAACUAAGUCGAAACUACAGGAAGACUGUGAAAUUCAAGCUGGAUAUUCUUGCAAUGAUACCACUAGGGACAAUGGCUCUUCUUGUUGGAGAGUUGGGUGAUAAGGAAGUUUUUCACAUUCAUUUUGACGUGGACAGUGACCAUGUGUUAAUUCCUGUCUUGAGACUGCCACGUCUACUCAAGUGGCAUACAAUGGAAACGUUUACCGCCAUGUGUGACACACGAACGAGUAACCCGAAUCGAGUGAGGGCUUUUAAGCUCAUCAUGUACCUUGGAGUUAUCAUCCACUGGAUUGGCUGUUUUUACUACAUGCUCUCUGAUAUGGAGGGUUUUGGAAGCAAUGAUUGGGUGUACCCAGUAGAAGAGCCUACACGAGGUUUAUUAAGAAAAUAUAUCCUGUGCAUCUAUUGGUCUAUGAUGACCCUCACUACUAUAGGCGAGACGGAUUCCCCGCACAACGAUAUUGAGUACGUAUUUACUGGUCUGACAUUUCUGGUUGGCGUGUUUCUGUUUGCGGCCGUCGUCGGGAACGUUGGUGAUGUCAUCAGUAACAUGAAUGCUGCCAGACAAGAGUUUCAAACUAAAAUGGAUGCAAUUAAGUUCUUCAUGAAUCAUCGCAAAGUGCCGGAUGUUCUUCAGAGUCGAGUCAAGAAAUGGUCCGAUUAUGCUUGGUCAAGGACUCAAGCUCUGGACGAUCAAACAUUCUUAGAAAUUCUCCCACCAAGAUUAAGAGCAGAGAUUGCAAUUCAUGUCCAUUUAGAAACACUCAAAAAGGUCAAAAUCUUUGAGGACUGUGAGCAGGGCCUGCUGUGUGAGUUAGUGCUGAAACUACGAUCCCAAAUAUUCUCCCCCGGUGACUUUAUAUGUAGGAGAGGAGAGAUAGGAAGGGAGAUGUAUAUCAUUAAUCAUGGAAUAGUACAGGUAGUUGUACAAGACGCUGAGACCCAACAAAGUAUGGUCGUCGCCACGCUGACCGAGGGCAAUUAUUUUGGCGAGAUCAGCUUACUGAAGCUGGAUGAGGGCCAGAACAGACGUACUGCUGACGUGGUCUCCCUCGGCUACUCGGAGCUGCUCUGUCUCUCGAAGAAAGACUUGAUGCAGGCUCUGGUGGAAUAUCCUGAUGCUAAAAAGGUUUUAGAAAAACACGGCCGAGACAGGAUGGAGAAAAACAGAGAGGCUGCCAGGAUGCAGCGACGGAAAUCAGAAGCCAACCUUCAGAUCCCUUGCCAAGAGUCACCCCAGAAGAGCUCCGAUGACAAGCUAAUGGUAAACGGCAAUGGACCAGCCGCUAUAACCAACGGUAGGACUGAAGGCAGUGUGCCUGGUGGAGAGGGCGGGCUACGUACACAGAUUGAACUCAUCUCAAAACUUGCCAUGAAAGGAAAAGAGAUGAGUGAAUUACGCCACAUUAUCAAUGAACUUAGGAAUUUUGACAGCAUGUCCACAAAGACAAAAAUUCAGGAGCUUUCAAAGAAGUGCGAUGAACUAUGGAAGAAGCUCAGGAACAAGGAUCUGGACUUAAAGCGUGCCCUGAUGCGGAUCUCUGAGCUAGAAAAUCGGAUUGUGACGGGCUCAACAACGCUGAACGGGAGGUUGCACAGACGGUUCAACCAUGUCCCGGUUAAAAGGUCAAAAUCAUUGCGGGUGAUGGCCUACGAUAGCAGUCAGGAUGAUUCGUCCUCGAUAUGGGCCAGUCUGGACAGUGCCGACGGUACGGACGACGGGCACGCCGUGAUUAAAGUCCUCUCCAACGGGCAUAGGAUGAUCAAGAAUGGCCUGGCCAGCAAACCCAGAAGUUCUUCGUCAGAGAAGCCGACGUCGUCCGACUAUCCCGCCCGGAGGGAUAAAUGCGUUAAGGAGGUGAUUGUACCCGGUAUCCACGUCAAUGGGAAGGUCAAGCAGGAGCCGGUCAGUAUGAAGUGGGAGGUGUUUGCAGACGAAGUGGACUCUGAACCCUCCAAUGAUUCCGAGAUUGAGAAGACGAUCUCACAGCUGACUCCGGCCAUAGCGAGUUUGUCCCUACCAUCCACUGGACGGGGGUCAGGGAGUAUAUCAGAAGCAUCGUGCUACAGCGACGCUAGUGUGGACAGUGACAUGUAAAUUAAUGGAGUACUCAGUAUACUCGGACAAUUAAGAGGGACAAAAACGCUGAAUGAAUUGAGUUUCCCUUUAGCCCAUCUCUGACCCAAGAUUUUUUUAUUUACAGUAAAAAACAGUAAAAAAUAAAUUACACGGUAAAAUAGUUGCUGAAAAUGCAACUCAGGGAGUAACCUUGAUCUUUGCUCUUGAGGGGGCACAGCAAUCCCCCCGCCCCCAUGGUCAGGGGCACUCUAUGAGGAAACUUGAAUUGGAAACUUGGAAAGGGCACCACAGCAAAAGCUGCGACUGCCAUGGGUUAUUUCGAGGCCAUUUUACUCUGUAAUGAACAUGGAACCAAGAACCUUUAAACACUUAAGAUUUAAUUGGGUGCGUUCGAUUAGCUUCCCUGGGUUUACCCCUUGGUGCUUACUCGGGUGAGCCCCUGACAAGAGCUAAU